CCUCCUUCCUCCCUUUCCCUUGCUCUUCUUCUCUUGUCCAGAUCCCCUUCUGUCCCUUCCAUGGUUUCUCUCCUGGUGCUUUCUUCCCUGAAACCACACAUCAUCCUUUUUCUUGCAUGAAAUAAACCCUCAUCCCUUUCGCUUGCUCUCUGCCUGUAUCAGAGAUCAAAGUGAAGAGGAGAGAGAAAAGAGAGUGUGCCUAUGUGUGUGUGUGUUCAUGCCCUAGAACUAGAUCUUAGUCAUAUUAGCUGCUAAGGUUCCUUCUCUAGUUUGCUCUCGAGUUAUCUCAUGAUCAAGGCCAUCAAUCUCUCUUUUCUCUCUACUCUUUCUAAGAUAACUUGCAGGAGCUUCGGAAGCCAAGGUUAGUCCGUGGCAGUCUUGUCGCGAAGAGAAGCCCGAAGACACACAGAAGAAUAGAUCCAGAGACAUCCGUCUGCAGAGAGACAGAUCAGAAGUGGAAGGGGGAAAGAAUUAGGGUUUCACCCAGAGCACUAUGCCUGUGGGGAUCAUGAUACCAGCAAGACAAGCACCAUCCAUGAUCGGGAGGAACACCGGCACCGGCUAUGGCUCCUCGUCAGUGUUGUCGCUCAGCCAGCCAAACUUAUUAGAGGGGCAGCAAAUCCCACUUCAGUACCAGCAUCACAACCAGUUCAUGGAGAUCGCACCGACUACCACAGCGGAGAGCGAGAUGCCAAGGGCUCGCGAGGAGGACUUCGAAAGCAAGUCCGGAAGCGAGAACAUCGAGGUUGCUUCCGGUGAUGACCAGGACCAAAGCCAUCGCCCGCGCAAGAAGCGCUACCACCGCCACACACAGCAUCAGAUUCAAGAGCUGGAAGCCUUCUUCAAGGAAUGCCCUCACCCGGAUGACAAGCAGAGAAAGGAGCUCAGCAGAGAGCUUGGGUUGGAGCCUCUCCAAGUCAAGUUCUGGUUUCAGAACAAGCGCACGCAGAUGAAGAAUCACCACGAGCGGAACGAGAACAGUCAGCUACGAACCGAGAAUGAUAAGCUCCGCGCCGAGAACCUGAGGUACAAGGAGGCGCUCACCAACGCGUCGUGCCCCAACUGUGGCGGACCUGCUGCUCUAGGAGAGAUGUCCUUCGACGAGCACCACCUCAGGAUCGAGAAUGCCCGGCUGAGAGAAGAAAUCGAUCGGAUAUCAGGGAUAGCUGCCAAGUACGUGGGCAAGCCAGUGGUGUCGUACCCGCUGCCCUCUCCUGCCAUCUCUUCACGUUCGCCUUUGGAUGUUGGUGUGGGCGGCGAGAUGUUCGGAGUCGGGGUCUCGGGCCAGACUGACAUAGAAAAGCCAGUGGUCGUCGAGCUCGCGGUGGCCGCCAUGGAGGAGCUCAUCAGGAUGGCCCAGCUCGGCGAGCCACUGUGGAUUCCCGGUCCGGAUAACGCAACCGAGACCCUCAACGAAGAGGAGUACGUGAGGGCAUUACCGAGAGGCAUCGGGCCAAAGCCAUUUGGCCUGAUCUCUGAGGCAUCUCGUGAGACUGCAGUGGUGAUCAUGAACCAGAUGAACGUUGUGGAGAUGCUCAUGGAUGUGAAUCAAUGGUCAAGUGUGUUCUCCAGCAUCGUGUCGAGGGCCAUGACGCUCCAAGUGCUAUCAACUGGAGUGGCAGGCAAUUACAAUGGAGCUCUGCAAGUGCUGUCAGCAGAAUUCCAAGUGCCAUCUCCACUUGUUCCAACUCGAGAGAGCUUGUUCGUGAGGUACUGCAAGCAACACCCUGACGGAACCUGGGCGGUGGUCGAUGUUUCCUUGGACAGCUUACGCCCCAGCCCCGUGUUGAGAUGCCGACGACGGCCAUCCGGCUGCCUCAUCCAAGAACUGCCCAAUGGCUACUCCAAGGUUACUUGGGUGGAGCAUGUUGAAGUGGAUGAUAGGUCUGUUCAUAAUCUAUACAAGCCCUUGGUCAACUCAGGCCUGGCAUUUGGCGCAAAGAGGUGGGUGGGGACUUUGAACAGGCAAUGCGAGCGCCUAGCUACCGUGAUGGCCAGUAACAUACCCUCAGGAGACAUCGGUGUGAUAACCACUCCAGAAGGCAGGAAGAGCAUGUUGAAGCUGGCCGAGAGGAUGGUCAUCAGCUUCUGCGGCGGCGUGAGUGCUUCAACUACGCAUCAAUGGACGACUUUGUCUGGAAGUGGUGCGGAGGACGUCAGGGUGAUGACCAGGAAGAGCGUGGACGAUCCCGGUAGGCCUCCUGGUAUCGUCCUCAACGCUGCCACGUCCUUCUGGCUUCCCGUCCCACCGAAGAGGGUGUUCGAUUUCCUCCGUGAUGAGAGCUCUCGUAGUGAGUGGGACAUCCUCUCUAAUGGUGGUGUGGUUCAAGAGAUGGCUCACAUCGCCAAUGGCCAAGAUCACGGAAAUUGCGUCUCUCUGCUGCGCGUCAACAGCACAAACUCCAACCAGAGCAACAUGCUGAUACUGCAAGAGAGCUGCACGGACGCCACGGGCUCGUACGUGAUCUACGCCCCCGUGGACGUGAUCGCCAUGAACGUGGUGCUCAACGGCGGCGACCCCGACUACGUGGCGCUCCUGCCGUCCGGGUUCUCCAUUCUCCCCGACGGGCCGACCGGAGGAGGACCAGGCGGCGGGAGGAUCAAUGGGGGGGAGGAGGAGGGUGGAUCCGGCGGUUCCCUCUUGACGGUCGCGUUCCAGAUCCUGGUCGACUCCGUGCCUACGGCCAAGCUCUCGCUCGGCUCGGUGGCCACGGUCAACAGCCUCAUUGCUUGCACCGUCGAACGAAUCAAGGCUUCAGUUGCAGGCGAAGUUGCCCGCUGAGAUCGGUAGUGUGACUCUGCUCGUCCCCAUGCUUUUCUUCUUCUUCCGCGCUGCUGUUUGUUGUAUCUCAUCUGCGUAGUGGUGGGGUUUGGAGGCGUCCGUCAUCUGUGGAAGUCAAGAACGCACCUCGUGCUUCCCUUGCCGGGUGGUGGCGGUGGUGGUGGUGGUGUUCAGUUGACUCUGGAAACAAGUCAACAGCAGGCACUCUCCGCCGCCGCCGCGCAAGGAAUGGUUGGUUCGGGCAUUGACUUCCUCUCGUUUCAGCGUGUUGCAGGAACCACCGGCUCUCUUCCUCUCUCUCGUGCUCGCUAAGUUGUGUUUCCUCUCUUCCCUGGAACAGACACAUACUCCCAUCGCCUCUCACCAUUCAAUUCCAAUCCUCCGCAUGUUGUGUUGUUUGGUGUUGACUAUAUGUAGAGCUUAUUUUAGUCUA